AUGGCUAAUAAGGGUAGCAUGGUCGGUCAUGUCAAUGAAUUAAAAUUGAAGGAAGACGAUUUCAACGGAUGGGUUGAACGUUUUGAGCUGUAUAUUCAGCUUAAUGAAGUAAAUACACAUAAAAAAAAAUUAUUAUUUUUAACCCUGAUUGGUAAUGAAGGGUAUUCUUUAUUACGGGAUUUGUGUUUACCUGUUAAACCAUUGGAUAAAUCUUAUGAUAAUCUUAAAACCUUGUUAUCGGAAUACAUGAAUCCGAAGCCGAAUGUGGUCACCGAACGUUUCAAAUUUAAGGAAUGGAGACAGGGCAACGAAACAAUUAUUCAAUUCGUUGCAGUGUUAAAGAAAAUGUCAGAAUUUUGUGGGUUUGGCACUCAUUUGGAGGAUGCCUUAAGAGAUCAAUUAGUUUGGGGUAUCAAGGACCAAAAUAUUCAGAAGAGGUUACUGUCGGAAGCUUCCUUGAAUUUUAAAAGAUCUGUGGAACUGAGUGUCGCAAUGGAAGCAGCAACCAAUGAUGUAAACCAACUACAUAAUCAAAAUCAAGUGGAAGUGCUGUAUCAGGAACCAAAGAAUGAGCUUGUGGUCGGUAGCAGAGUACAGCGGAAAGCAAUGUCUACGGGCUUGCGUCAGAAGCGAACGGAGUUGGUUUGUUAUUGUUGUGGGGAAGCUGGUCAUGUGAAGCCUAAAUGUAAGUAUAAAGAUUUGUUGUGUAAAAAAUGUAAUAAGAAAGGUCAUUUAAAAAAAGUGUGUAAAAAUGACUCUUUCAAUGUAAAUAACUUGGAACAGGAUGAAGUGGGUAUGAUGGAAAUGGAAUCUUUAUAUAAUUUAGUACCUUUACAGGUUAAUUUUAUUAAACCUUAUUGUUUGGAGUUGAUAGUCGAUGGAAAAAACGUUUUAUUUCAAAUUGAUACUGGAUCUGGUAUAUCUGUUAUAUCUGUAGAUAGUGUUAAAAAAUUUAAAAUUGGUAGUUUGGACAAAUUAAUUAAAACUAACUUAAAAUUAAAAGCAUAUAAUGGUAAUAUUAUCAAUCCUCUGGGUAUAUUGUCUUUAGUUAUUGGUCAUAAGGGUUUAUGUAAGACAUUAGAUUUGUAUGUGGUUAACGAAGGGGGUCCACCGAUUAUGGGGAGAGAUUGGAUUACUGCCUUUAAGGUACUUCCAAUGGAAUUAGGUUUAAAUACCUUGAGUGUCCAAAGCAUGGCGGAGAGGUUUCCGUCGGUUUUUAGUAAUUCCUUGGGAUGUUAUAAAAAUAAGACUUUUGAGUUGGUACUUAAAUCUGAUUCAAAACCAAUAUUUUGUAGACCUAGAAUUAUUCCUUUUUCAUUAAAGGAUAAGGUUAGUUUGGAACUGGAUAGAAUGAUAGCGGAUGGUUUAUUAGAGCCAGUGGAAUCUUCAGAUUGGGCCACACCGAUUGUACCUGUAGUGAAAGUGGAUGGGAGUAUUAGAUUGUGUGGCGAUUAUAAGGUUACUGUUAAUAAAAGUUUGGUUGUGGAUAGGUACCCAAUACCACGAGUGAAUGAAUUAUUAAGUAGGUUUCAGGGGGCGACUAAAUUUUGUACCUUAGACCUUUGUCAGGCUUAUCAACAACUGCCUUUGAGUGCAGAGAGUCAGAAAUUAACGACGAUUACUACUCAUAGAGGUUUAUUUUUUUUUAAAAGGGUGCCAUAUGGUAUUGCAUCUGCACCAGGAUUACUUCAAAGAGAAAUGGAAAAUAUUUUAAGUGGUUUAACGGGAGUUGGUUGUUUUUACGAUGAUGUAGUUAUAGCUGGUAAGGAUGACAAAGAAGUCACAGAGAGACUGCUGGGGAUGUUAGAAAGGUUUGAGUCUGCUGGUUUAACAGUUAAGGCUAGUAAGUGUAAAUUGAUGCAAGAUAGUGUCACUUUUUUAGGACAUUGUGUUGAUAAGGAUGGUUUGCAUAUUCCUGAAGAAAGAGUUAAAGCCAUUGCCCAGGUGAAAACUCCUGAAAAUGUGCAUCAAUUAAAAGCUUUUUUAGGUCUAGUCAAUUAUUAUGGUAAAUUUUUUAGAAACAUGUCCUCUAUGGCUAGUCCUUUGUAUUUUUUAUUGAAGGCUAAUGUUAAAUUUUGUUGGGGUCCUGAGCAAAAUAAAGCAUUUAUUAAUAUUAAAAAUCAUUUAAUGUCUAAAACGGUACUCACACAUUAUGAUACAACCUUGGAAUUGGUUUUAGCUUGUGAUGCCAGCCCUAAGGGUAUAGGUGCGGUUUUGUCACAUAGGUUUCACAAUGGGGAGGAAAAGCCCAUUGCAUUUGCUUCAAGGACGCUUAGUAAAAGCGAGCAGGGGUAUUCACAGCUGGAUAAGGAGGCUUUGGCUUUGGUUUUUGGUGUCAAAUAUUUUCAUCAGUAUUUGUAUGGCAGACCUUUCAUUCUUAAAACGGAUCAUAAACCUUUAAUAUCAAUUUUUGGAGAAAAAAAAGGGAUUCCGGUCAUGGCAGCCCAUAGACUACAGAGAUAUGCAAUUUUUCUCGCUGGUUAUUCUUAUAAUAUCGAAUUUGUGAAGGGAGUUGACAAUGGCAAUGCGGAUGCCUUAUCCCGAUUACCAAUUGAGGGAGCUGAUAUGAUCAAUCAUGUGUUUUGUAGUAAUUUUUUUAUUAAUUUAAUAACCACAAAUGUUCAGGGGAUUGCUGAUUUAGAUAUUUGUGAGGAAAUUCAGAGGGACAAGGUAUUAAAAAAAGUUUUUUUGUUGGUGAUGUCGGGGAAGUGGCCUAAUUCCAGUAAAUAA